UUUAUUCAUUCGCGUGUUUGCGUUCCAUGUGUCAAGCAAAGUGUGCCGUGCAAAAAUGUAUUGGCUUGUGAUUAUUAACUUAAGUCUAUUUUCCUUAGUCCUGUGUGAUGACCCUCCAUCUCGUUUGGUGUAUUUGAGUCAAGGCCCCGUCCGUGGAUAUAAGGAUUUAGAUUUAGACCUUUUUGUAUUUUAUGGCAUACCUUACGCUAAAGCACCAACUGGUUAUGAAAAAUUCAAGGCACCUCUGCCCCCACCAGUUUGGACGGAACCGUUCGAAGCUGUCAAUAAAAAUAUUAUAUGUCCGCAAAAUGAUAUAGCGACAAUGAUUUCACAAAAUAAAAUCGUUCAAGAAGAUUGCCUCAUCGCGAAUGUGUAUAUGCCAGAAACAAACAGAAAAAAGCUUCCGGUCCUAGUACAUUUUCACGGUGGAGCUUUCACUAUAGGAUGGGGUGAUAUCAGAAAUUUUGAAAACAGCAAAGAAAUAAUUCAAGUAUCAUUUAACCAUAGAUUAGGAGUUCAUGGUUUCCUUUGUCUGGGUACAAAAGACGUACCUGGAAAUGCUGGUAUGAAGGACCAAGUUGCAUUACUACGCUGGAUAAAGAAUAAUAUUGAAAACUUCGGUGGAAAUCCUGAUGAAAUCACAUUAUCAGGUUAUAAUUCGGGUUCAUCUUCUGUUGAUCUUAUGACGAUAUCAAAAAUGGCACAAGGUUUAUUUAAAAGAGUAAUCGUAGAGAGCGGUGUUAGUAUUGCACCAUUUAGCGUUCAGAUUGAUCCAAUUAAAAAUGCUAAGCGUUAUGCCGACUUUUUCAAAUUUGAAAAUGUAGAUAAUUUUUAUGAGUUAGAAUUUUUUUAUAAAAAUCUAUCAUAUACAGAAUUAAAUUCGAAAAAUAGUUUGAGCAGACCAGACUCUACCUUUUUAAUGACUCCAUGUGUGGAACGUGAUGUGGGGGAAGAAAGAUUUCUAGACGAUAAUCCGGUCAAUAUAAUAAAAUCUGGUAACUAUAAAAAGCUACGAAUGUUGUAUGGGUACGGCGAAAUUGACGGACAGUUCCGAAUCCCAUUAUUAGAACAUUGGGAGUAUUGGAUGAACAUACGCUUUUUAGAAUUUUUGCCGGCUGAUUUGCAAUUUGAAAAUGAAAUUGAAAAAUAUCGAGUUGCAGAGGAAAUUAAAACCUUAUAUUUUGGUGAUAAAGUAAUAGGAAAAAAUACGAUGCCAGAAUUUGUAGAAUAUUUUACAGAUGUCAUGUUUGCAUAUCCAACACUGCGAUCAGCAAAGUUGCACGUAGAAUCUGGACAUAAUCAAAUAUAUCUUUACGAGACUUCGAAGGCUGUUUACGAUAACCCAGCUGUACUACCGAUUAAUGAAAGUGUUUCUGACCAAUGUUCUAAGUCAAUCAGAGUUUUGAAUGAUUAUUGGAAAGAAUCACGUCAGUAUAAAUAUGAUGUUGAAGAUCUUAAGACAGUAAAAGAUGUAUUCCUGGAAACUUUAAUCAAUUUUAUAACCGAAGGUGAACUUAUAAUUCCUGGGUUAAGAAAGUGGAAACCAGUGAACCUCAAUUGGUCACCACAAUUGUACAUAGGUGAAUCUUUUAAAUUAAAAAAAUCUUUGAAGAAGAAAAAGGCCUUAUUUUGGGAUAAAAUUUACCAAAAGCAUUACGUAUACCCAUCAGCGCCUCCAGCUCCUCCACCAGAAAACAACGAUACUUAAGAAAAUAGAGGAGAAUGGUCAAAAUAGACGUACUAUUUCUUAACAAUUUUUUUAUUAAAAUAAAAAGUAUGCUUGAUUCAGGUAAAAGCUGCGAAUCCUAUUUUUAUAGAAUUUUCAUAUUAUUUUAGUGUAUAACAUUACGUAAGAGUGUGUUAUAUUUUUAUUUUUUAUUAAUUAAAAAAAAAAUCCACGGGCUCACAGUUGA